AUGCUUUCUCAGCCCGCAACUGGGGGACAUAGCGCACAUCCUCAUGCGUUGUUGCAGCAAGUACUUCAAGCCAACUCCGACCACCAGUAUGCGAUCAAGGUCUACACCCAGAGGCUCGAGGCGGAGAUAGCGCACGUUGAUAAAUUGCUAGAUGCCGCGGAACCCCCGGACCUUGAGGAGGAAGCGACUGAAAUCGACUCCAUUGGCCAGGUAGUCAUCGGUGGAUCCAAGAAGCCCGUCUCGAUCCUAUCACAAGCCGCUCUUUUGUCCGAGGACUCGCCUUUUCGCAAGGAUGCGUUGAGAAGGGAGCGUUACCUCGCCAACACUGAAACCCAUCCUAUGAAAGGGAAGGAACUGCAGACGUUGGCUGAAGCCGUCAGAGCCGAAAACCAACGUUUGCAUGCUUAUGCCGCCCAACAACGAGGAGAAAAUGCACUCGCUUCCUCCAGCCGCCAAUCACCCUCGUUUCUCGAGCAGAACACGGAAGAUAUUGAUUGGGAACGUGUUGCAGAGAAUGUUUCAAGCAAAUCCGGGACUAUUCCUCCAUCCUCAGCCGAUCCCGAAGGUCAAGGCCCAACGCUACGUACCGCGAUUGAAUGCAAAAUCCGGUGGCUGGGUGACAGACACCCGCGGUGGAAUCACGAUACAUGGAGUGCAGAAGAGGUCAAGAACGUCAGAGACAUAUACAACAAGCUUCUGCAAGAGGCGGGGGCGAUGCGUUCGGAGGAAGGCGAGAGGGGAGAGAAUGAAGGCAAGAAGGGUCGCAAGAGAGGUGGAAAGGCGGCUCGGACGGCGAGACGGGGUGAGACCAACGCAGAUACCCAUGCAACCGGGAUCACCGUCGACUGGACACGGCGAACACCUAUCGACUGCAUGCGCCACGUCAUAUCAUCUCGGACAGGUUACCGCUUUACUCGGGCCGCCGAUACACUUUUAUUAGACCUGGUCAAGCGCUAUGGUACAGACAAUUGGGCACUCGUGGCGCGCUGCAUGGAUCCACCCACGACGCCCGCCAUCGUGCAGGCACGGUACCUGCGGACUCUGGAUCCGCGGCUCAAGCGGGGAGCAUGGACGCGCGAAGAAGACGAGCGACUACGAGAGGCGGUCGCGGUUUGGGGUAAGAGCUGGGUUGACGUCGCGGAGUGCAUAAAUGGGCGCAACAACGAGCAGUGCAGAGAUCGAUGGAGUAAUAUCUCCGGCAGCGGGAAAGGGCGUCAACAAGCGCAGGAAGAGCAAGAGGAAGGAGAGAAUGUGACUGAAGAAACCUCGGAGGUGCUCGACUCUGCACAGGGCGCGACAGACCGUCCACAACCUGAGGAUGCCUCAGAAGCCGAGACCAAUGCUACCGCCAAAAGCAAAGUACAUCCGCGUCCACGCCCUAUCAGAGGUCGGGGCUGGACCGAGGCGGAGGAUAGCGCGCUCAUCGAUGCCAUCAAUGAGCAAGGAGGCGACACGCCCGACUGGUGCGAGGCCCUAGAGAAGAUAACGAAGGGCAAAGGCAAAGGCGAGGCGCAGGAACCCUCCGAGCAGAUAACGCAAAAGCAGCAUGGGAAGGGGAAGGAGAAGGCACGGCUCGAACCUGCAGCAGUGCAACCAGUGUCCACACGGCGAUCAACUCGCUUGUCAGCAAAGUCACCAAAAGCAGCUGAACCGGAAGGCAAAAUUGAUUCCGAUGACUCGCCAGGUGAUCAGGUCGCACCCGAUGUUUUGAAAAUUCCAGAACCUUCCAUCGCUUCGCUCACUCCCAAGCGCAAGCCACGGCCACGGAAGAAAGGAAAAGUUGCCUGUCCCACAGCUGCGGACAAGGCGGCUUGUCCUCACCGACCGUCCGCCAGUGAUGAUGCGGGCGAUAUUGCAGACGUGCCUCGGAAGCGUCGCGCUGAGGCUAUGGGCGAAAAUGCGCGUGCGGACAAACCCGCCAAGAUGCUACGGAUUGUUGUCGACGCACCCUCGAGCGAGCAGCCUCCCGUGGUGUAUCGCGAGCAAUCGACCGAUUCUGCGUUCACCGAGCUCGGAAGUCACUGUUCAACAACUCCUGUGGAUCGCGGCCACGUCUGA